ACUGCGGUGAGUCAGGUCUGAGACCUUCCAUGCAUCGCUAGCCAUGCGGCAUCCACUGAAGGAAGUUAGAAACUUCCUUUGAGACCCAGACCCAUUGUCCAUUGAGCGUCCAGCACCAGGAUACCAGGGAUGAAGACAAGAGUAGACUGUUGGUCCCUGAUGGCUGUUGCUGUAUACUGACACAGUUUAUGAUGGCGUCCAAAGUUGAAAAGACUCAGGCUUUACAACAGUGUUUCAGCACCGAGUCUCUCAUCUCCAGCCUCGGUCUGGGCAUCUUUUGCCUAGUAGCUGAUAGACUUCUCCGGUUUUCCGUAAUUCAUCAAAACGAUUGGCUUCGCGCCCUCUCAGAUAACAUAGUACACGGCGUGAUUGGCAUGUGGUCAUGGGCAGUCGUCAUUGGAAUCAAGAAGAAGGCUGACUUUGGAGAGGUUCUUUUAGCUGGGUUUUUAGCCUCUGUUAUUGAUAUCGACCAUUUUUUUCUCGCAAGAUCCCUGUCUUUAAAGGCCGCUUUGACGCUUCCGAGAAGACCUUUCCUCCACUGUUCCACCGUGAUACCCGUGGCAGUUGUGAGCCUGAAGCUGACCAUGCACCUUUUCAGGCUCCGGGACUCGUGGUGCUUCCUCCCGUGGAUGCUGUUCAUUUCCUGGGCUUCGCACCACAUCCGAGAUGGAAUUCGUCACGGCCUGUGGAUAUGCCCAUUUGGGAAAACUUCUCCUUUGCCCUUCUGGCUUUAUGUGAUAACCACAUUAUCCUUACCACAUUUGUGUUCAUUCCUUAUGUAUUUAACAGGGACCAGACAAACGAUAUCUUCAAAACAUGGGAUGCUUGUUGAUGUCUGAGAUUGUUGAUGUCUGAGAUGACCAUAUGCCUCUAAGGAAAGGCAAUAAUUCAGAUGACGAUAAUGAAAGACAGCCAGUGUUCAACUGAAAUUUUGUUUUUGUUUUUGAGGCAGGGUUUCUCUGUACAGCCCUGGAUGUCUUGGAACUCCCUCUAUAGACCAGGCUGGCCUCAAAUUCAGAAAUCCACCUGCUUCUGCUUUCUGAGUGUUGGGAUUAAAGGCGUGGGCCAUCACUGCCAGGCCUCAAGUGAAAAUUUUAAAACACAGUUAGGUACUUUAUUUAGUUUUUACAAUUCUCGGGCCCUCUUGCUCGGGAGGCAGGCUCAGUACUUGCCCUUCCCUCUUACGUGACCAUCUAGUGCAGUAUUGGGUUUGACCUUAUUUCAUGCUCUGUUGUUAUAUUGCUGCUGCUUUGUCUGACAUUACUGGUUUUGUCAAGUUGAUACCUACUGAGCUGUCUGGAAGUCUGUCUUCAAAACCAGUCCAUUUCCUAAUAUAAAAAAAAAAAACCUCAAAAUUUUGGAUGGCUAACUCAUAAAAAGCUCACAUGAUAUUUGAAUUUAUAUUUUCCUGGGACACCGAAACAGUGAAGUGGACAAAAUAAAUAAGGUCAUAAUAAGAUGUCUAUUGAGGACUAACAAUCAUUUCACAUAUGUUGACCCUGACUGAAGUAAUAAUCUUAAAUAUUUGUGGACAGUAAUUAUUAGCAAAUAUCUAACUAAAAUAAUAAAAUUAAAUCUAAGUUACGAUUUCAGAAAUCAAUUUAGGAAGUAAUUGUUAUCACAUUGCCUAUAAUUACAUUCACUGAAAUUAUUGGGGGGGGGGGUUAGUAUCUUUGCCCAGGAAUCUCAUGUUAGCAUUUUCACUAAUUUGAAAAACAUAACUAAAUAUUUAGAAAAUAUUUAUUAACAACGAGCUUUGACAAAGCAAUACCUGGAUCACCACUGAACUUAUAUAAAAACAGUACUGAGCAAUGGUGUCAUCUGAGAUGCAGAUUCGUGACGGCCACUAAAAUUGCAAUAGUUGUGUGAUUGUGACAAACUAGUCUAAAAUGUUAUUCAAAUGAUUUUUUUUUAAAUCUUCUCCUUACUGAGAACAAAAGGAUUUUUCAAAAUAAAAUA